AUGGCCCUUGUUGAGGGAGAAAAGGGGGAGUCGAAACUGUCGGGUAGGAUCAAGGCGAAAAAAUUGGGCUCCAGGCGCUUCUUCAAAGCAAAGAGUGAACAUAAUAUUUCUACCAGCGAGAUGAACAGGGAAGAAAAGACACCGGCAAAUGAGUUGUGUAAUGAGUGCAAUGAAGAUUCUCAAGAUAGAAUCCUCCAGCGAGAGGAAAUGACCUUGGCAGAUCAAAGUCAAUCUUCGCACAACAUCGUGGGAAAUCAGCAGCUAAUUAAUUCUUGUGGGGAACAUACCGUCCACACGAAAGAUAAGAAAAAGAAGGAGAGAAAGCAACUGUUGCAGAGAGAAGAGCAAGAUGACCUGAGAGAUGUCACUCCAGCUGGGGAUUUGUCUCGAGUUACAUGGCUGAACCACCCCUGA